AUGGCAAGGCUCAUUGACAACGCCGACUACGAAGUAGGUGCUACGGCUGAGAAUCCAUGGGUACAUCUUUAUUUCAUUCAACUGGCCUCUGAAAUGACCUCUGACAUUGCCUUGUCUGGCCACCUCUUCUUCAUCCUCGCACACCUUCCCGGCCAACCCCGACGCGUUGAUCGCCAACGGAAGCAGUCACCACAUCUGGAGCCCGAGGCGACCUGA